CCCGCCCACGCCGCCAGCGGCUUUGUCGUGCGCGGUCGCUCCGUUUUCGGCCCGCAGACCGGCCAGAGACGCGCGUUUAUCGGGUGCGCGCUGUGCCCAGGGCCGGGUGCCGGGGAGCGGCCUCCGGAAGGGACGUCCCGGGCCCGCAGCGCCUGGCUCGGCCCACGUGACUCAGCGAAGCCCUCCAGGUGCUGGCUGGGCGCCAGGUGGGCGCCGGCGCGUCCUCGCGAAGCCGGCGGCGGCGGCGCCUUGGGGUGGGACGAGCCCGCGGCGGGCAGCGAACGCGGCUGGUUCGGGGUCGCUGUCCCUGUCCCAGGGGGACACCCCGCCCCCCGGUGUGGCUUAGCGGACAGAGAGCGUUGUGUCUGCACGUGGGGUUUGGAAUGGCCUGUGCCCUGUGGGAAGGGCCGGCCUGGCCUGAAGGACAGAAGCUUGAGUCGUCGGCACGGCGGUGACUGGAGGCACUGGGCAAGACCUUGCUUUCGUGAAGGUGGGGACUGUCUUGCAUUUCAGGGGUCUACUGUCCCAACACUGUCCUGGAAAUCCAUGGAUGAAGCUUUGCCAGGCCCGGCUCCUGAAGAUGGAGGCAGCCUUGUGAAGGUGAAGGAGGAGGAUGCCACGUGGGAGCAGCUGGGCAGCUCGCACACUCAGGAGCUCUGCUGCCUGUGCUUCUGGCAGUUCAGCUACCAGGAGGUGGCUGGGCCUCGCGGGGCACUGGCCCAGCUUCGAGAACUUUGCUCUCAGUGGCUGCGGCCCAAGACGCACAGCAAGGAGCAGAUGCUGGAGCUGCUGGUGCUGGAGCAGUUCCUGAGCAUCCUGCCCGGGGAGCUCCAGGCCCGCGUGCGCGCGCAGCACCCGGAGAGCGGGGACGCGGCGGUGGCUGCGCUGGAGAACAUGGAGGCCGACACGGGGGACACGGGACAGCAGACCUCCAUCUACACUCAGGGACAGGACAUACACCUACUGGUGACAGAACAUCAAGGAGCCUCUUUGGAGUGUCAGGGCCUGCGGCUCCUGCCUGGGGUGACCACGCUGAAGUGUGAGCCUCCUGAGUGCCAUCAAGAGGACCUCCACAAAGUGAGAGCGCCUGCUCCCCGGGGACUAACCCUUCUCCAGGAAAGAAACCCCACAGACGAGGCAACAGUACCUGAGUUUACAUCAGCCAGGUCCCAGACCCUGAAAAUGGAUACAACAUCACCUAAAAGCUUCGGAAGUCCACUGCCGACACGUUUGCACUGGCGAAUGCAAAUCACAUUGUCAGAAUCAUCGAGAUCCAGAUCAAGACAUCCCAUUGUUCGACAUAAUAAUCCACCUACCGUAUUUGCCGGUGUAUAAGACGACUGGGUGUAUAAGACGACCCCCUAACAUUUUCACUCAAAAUACAGAGU